AUGAUGGGUAAACCACCCACACAAUUUGAUGUUUUCAUGAAGACACAUGGCACAGCUAAGGCGCAAAAAAGAUAUUUUGCAGGAGAUCAUGAAAAUAUCGAAUAUUGCUCACUAACUGCCAAAGAAGCACAAGAGGCAUAUCUACAGGAGAUGGUCAAAAAACAUGGAGAAGAGUCUUCAAACCAUAAAGAUGAUGCGAGGGUUGAUAGAUUGCGUGCACAAGUUUCUACCAUGGAACAACAACAACAACAAAUGGAAGAACAAAUGGAAAUGGUUAUGAGGAUGAUGAAUAUGUUUGGAAAUCAACCCCGUGCUCCUCCCGAUAAUCUACCUGAGGACAAUUGA